CACUUCAGGAAGGGCGAUGGGGCCGCAGGUGCCCGCCCUGAGGGGAACUCCUCGCCCUCACACCCGGCUCUGCGAGGAGCCUCGCCUGGACUUACCAACGCUGAAUUACAUCAAACAGAGUUUAAUUAAACCAAAUCGGUUCGAAUUAAAUUAAACCCGGCUCUCUUCCCGCCGCGGCGCGGGCAGAGCUCCUCGCGAGAGGUCGCCCCCGGCAACGGCGCGGCCAUGGCGGAGGAGGAGGAGGCGGUCUCUGAGGCGGCGUUCAGCCUGCAGAACAUUACCAUAACAGAUGAGAUUAAAGAUGAUUAUCAGUAUGAAGAGGUUUCAGCAGAUGAUGAUACCAGUCUUCAUGAAGAUGAUGAGGAUCUGUCCAAAGCUUUGCAGACUAUUCAAGAGCAGACUAAAGAUGCCCAAGUUUUAGCUUUGCAGUCGGUUCUGACUUCUGGAAAAUCAGUAGCAGAAAUACCUCAAGCAAUGGAUGACUUCUUCUGCAAUUUCCUGGUCAGAUUGGGAAUGUCUAGAACCCUUGACUGCUUCCAGACUGAAUGGUAUGAACUCAUUGAGAGAGGUGUGAUCACAGUUGAGGAUGCUGGGCUGGUUCCAAACGUGUACACCCGCAACCAGCAGCUUGAGACUGAGAAUCUGAGCUUGAAGAAAGAUCUGGAAACCUACAAGCAGUCUGUCACUAAAACAGAAGAGGCUCUCCAGAAAAUGCAGCGAGAACGAGACUUCCAUCGCAUGCAUCAUAACCGAGUGGUCCAGGAGAAAAACAGGCUGAUUGCUGACAUGAAAAGGCUGAAGGCACAUUAUGCAUCCUAUGAACCAGUGCUGAAGCAGCUGUCAGAAAAAUACCAGAAUUCACUGACACAGAAAAUGUUAACCAGUUUGGAGAGAGACAAAGCAAUGGGGCAGGUUACAGGUCUGCAGGCUGCAUUAGAAAGUUUAGAGUCUGGAUAUACUAAGCAGAUCCCUGAGACAAAAGUAGGCCAUGAUUGUACAAGGAAGAAAGGAUUUGAAGGUCCCACCCAGAAAGCUCUUCAGAAAGCCAGGCAGCAAAAGUUCUUUGUUGUUGCAAGCUCUUCCUGUGAUGCAGAUGAAGAUGCAGAGAAGAAGAUGGGCAGGAGAGAUCUAAAGGAUUCAGAGUUCCCUGUUGAUGCUGAAGGGACCCCAGACUUGGAGCAGGCUAAAGAGCCCCCUCAGCCCCUGAAACCUGGGCAGUAUCAACUGAGCAGCAUUUUGAAGGUGCACGACUUCGCCGUGUGCUGCUUGGCUUUGCACCCCCGAAAAAAAAUAGUGCUGAGCGGCGGCGACGACCGGCUGUGGAAAACGUGGGGCUUCCCUGAUGGCAACAUCCUCCUGACAGGGGAGGGGCACACGGAUUAUCUCUCAGGAUGCUGCUUCAGACCCAGCGGCACCCAGCUGGUGACAUCGAGCGGGGACAGCACGGUGCGGAUCUGGGACCUGUCGCGGCGCGGCUGCAUCCUGACGCUGCGGGGCCACUCCCGCGCCGUGCGCGGCUGCUGCUGGCACUCCUGCGGGGACUUCGUGGCCUCCGCCUCCGCGGAUGGCACCGCCAGGAUCUGGGAUGUCAACAGUGAGAGGUGCAGGUACACCCUGCGUGGCCACGAGGACUCAGUGAACAGCAUCGAGUUCCUGCCCUUCUCCAGCACCGCCCUCACCAGCUCUGCUGACAAGACCUUGUCUCUCUGGGAUGUCAGAACGGGUCUCCGUGUUUACACAUUCCAGGGUCACGUGCAUCCCUGUAAUCAUGCUACAUUCAACAAGAAUGGGGACACCAUUGCUUCCUGCGACUCCUCGGGCGUGCUGAAGCUCUGGGACAUGCGGAAGCUGCUCCCCAUCCUGUCCAUCGACGCCGGUCCCCAUCCUGCCAACCAGGUCUCCUUCCACCGCUCUGGUGGCCUGGUGGCUCUGGCCAGCAGCGAGGGCUCCGUGAAGGUGCUGUGCCUGGCCGUGGGCCAGCUCUCCAUCCUGCGCGGCCCCGGGGUGGAGGUGCGCUGCGUGCGCUUCCACAGCCAGGAGCACCUGCUGUCAGCGGGCGCCGACGGCAGGGUGUGCAUCUGGACCUGGGCGCAGUGACACAGCUGGAACCGGGCGCGGUGACACAGCUGGAACUGGGUGCAGUGACACACCUGCACCUGGAUUCAGUGACACACCUGCACCUGGGCAUGGUGACACACCUGCACCUGGGCACGGUGAUACACCUGGCCCUGGGCACAGUGAUACACCUGCACCUGGGCAUGGUGACACACCUGCACCUGGGCACGGUGAUACACCUGGCCCUGGGCACAAUGACCCACCUGGCUCUGGGUGCAGUGACACACCUGGCCCUGGGCACAGUGAUACACCUGCACCUGGAUUCAGUGACACACCUGGCCCUGAGCACAGUGAUACACCUGCACCUGGGCUCAGUGACACACCUGCACCUGGAUUCAGUGACACACCUGUACCUAGAUUCAGUGAUACACCUGCACCUGGAUUCAGUGACACACCUGUACCUAGAUUCAGUGAUACACCUGCACCUGGAUUCAGUGACACACCUGUACCUAGAUUCAGUGAUACACCUGCACCUGGAUUCAGUGAGACACCUGCACCUGGGCUCAGUGAGACACCUGCACCUGGGCUCAGUGACACACCUGCACCUGGGCUCAGUGACACACCUGGCCCUCAUUGGCUUCCCCAAGAGCAGUCUGACAGCGGCACUGCAGCCUUAUAGCUUCAUAGCUCGUGCUUGCACUAUUCAGGGAAUAUUCACCCAAACGCAGCAUUAUUUGGCAUUUUAUCCAAAUAAACCUCUCAGUUUCUCCUUC